AAGCCAUUUUGGCUCAGGAUUGCAGCACAAGCGCCACGCAAUAGGGUCCAGUGCCCUGGUGUCGUCAGCGCGGCGGCGAUGGCCAAGCACACCAAGAAGGUCGGCAUCACUGGCAAGUACGGCACGCGCUACGGCGCUUCGUUGAGGAAGAUCGUGAAGCGUUAUGAGAUCCAGCAGCGCACGAAGUACAUGUGCAAUUUCUGCGGCAAGGAGAACGUGAAGAGGGUCGCGGGUGGCAUAUGGAAGUGCAAGUCCAAGCAGUGCAGGAAGACGAUCGCGGGCGGCUGCUGGGCUAUCUCCACAACGGCGGCGGCCACAACGAGGGCAACAAUCAACCGACUGAAGAAGGCCAUGGCUUCCGGCGACGACAAGUGAGGGCCGCAUGUUCGCGAAGCCCCUUCACGAGAGCAUCCAAAAAUCGGAGGUGAGGGGGUGCGGUCGCAGUGGAACGGAGAGCCCCCCACGUCAAAU